AUGUCUGCAGCAGAUUCAGGAGGCGUUCUGAAGCCCAUCUUGUUGAGGUCCUCGACCCCAGCUCCCAACGAGAAAGUUAUGCGAUACCUACAGUCGAUGUCGACAGCAGACAGUAGACCCGACGAUUCACCUCCCCGUUCGCUUGUCGGUGCAACCGAAGAGUACAGGUCCAACGUGACGCAACGAAAUGGAGCCCUCUCUCCUACACACCAAUCCAGAGUCCUCUCACCCAAACCUAAAAGCCAAGUCACCGCGAAAUACAGCGACUUCAACAAACCCAAUGGCUCCGCUGUCCCUGAACAACCCCACGAUGCCAAUGCGGAAGACGCCGACUCGAAUAUUCAGGUUGGGGAGCGAUCAGAUAUCGGUGAACCCUUGCAUGAACCUGGUCCCAACGAUCCCCCUGGUCCCAAAUACGAGUCUUACGACUCUGGUCCCUCUUUUGGCAACUUUGGCCCUCUCCCUACAGAAGAUCGCGCGUCGACGAACCCAUAUGGUGGAUCAUCGUGGAAUCCCGACUGGGCCCAGAUUAGAAACAAGCACCCUUCGGACGUUCCUUGGAAUCAAGAUAGCAGUUCGGCCCUAGACCAGAAUCCCGCCAGUGGUGCCGGUCUUCCCACUGAAGAGUUUGGUGUCCAACAACGCGAGGCUUCCAAAGCUGGAUCGCGGGUGCAAAGCCAGGUUACUGGCAACGGGAACCGACCUUUCUCCCCAGGUGCUCGCUCCAAGGUGGCUGGAACGGAGAAAGGGACUGCGUACCCUCCUCUUCCGGAAAGCGCUCUGGAUUAUGAUCCCUGGGAGCCCCCUGUAUCUCCCAAGUCACGUGCGUGGUCGAAAGCACCUUCCAUUUCGCCGUCGGAUUCCGCUUCUGCUCUUCCAAAGCCACGCCCUCCCAAACCUGCCUCAAACGGGCAUGCAUUGAGCCGGUCGCCGCCUCCAGGAUCGCCUUCUCCUUUGUCGCAAACAGGUCAUCAAAACCGACCUUUCUCACCCUAUCGACACGGUCCCACGACUGAGGACCUCAUUCAUGCCGCUGUGAGAGGUCGAGCGUUGGUUAUACCCGAAGUUGAAGAGGAGAAGACUGUUUCGUCCAUCGAAAAGCCUCCAUCGCAAGCCCCGCCACCUUCACAGCCACCUGCUUCCCCCUCAAAACACCCACUAUCACCGCCGCCUGCGCAGUCGCCACAGAUACCGCCGAUAACGUCCCCCAAGAUGAGCAGCCGCGCCCCCUCGCAGUUGAACGGUAGUGCCCAUCCCAAGACUGCCUCGCAAGUCUCAAAGCCACCCUCCGCGGCACCCUCGCGCCAAUCCCAGUCCCAGUCUGCUCGGUCGCAAUCCGCAAAGUCGAUGACCAACGACGGGUAUGACGCUGAAGAAGCGCGAAUUGUCAAUGAGGCGCUUCUCGCGCAGCACGCGCAAACUCCUCGAUCGACGUACUAUGCGCGCUCGAUUGAACCAGAGUUGACGGGACAUUACCAUGAUGAGGAGUUGUGCCAGUUGUUGCGUCAUGAGAGCGAUGAUACUCAGCCUGAGGUUGUGAGGAAGGCGUUGAGGAAGGCCAUUAGGCAGAGGGUUAAAAAGUUGGGGAUGAAGUAUGAUACUGAGUCUUUGAAGCAGUAUAAGAGGUCGUACCAGGAGCAUGACCAUGGUGCACCCACCGAGUUUGAUCAGGAUGAACCUCCCAAGUGGGCUUCCGACAUUAAACGCGAGCUCGUCUUGAUGCAACAGCGAAUCGAGAGCUUGGGUCCCAAGAUCGAGAACCUCCGCUACGAGCAGUCAUUCGAACAUGGCGACUCCAAGUUUGCGUACGAAGACGAGUCCAACCGCACGCCACGGACCCAGACAGUCAACAUUGAAACCCAGCCUGCUGGUACGCUAGCGGACUCGAUGUACCACGAGAUGACGAUGGACGAGGACGGGCACAUGCGGGAGUUUGAUGACAUGACGGAGACGCCGAGGGACGCUAGGACUGAUGGUGGUGAGACCGCUCGAACGCCGCAGAGGAGUUUCGUGUAUGGUGAUGGUGGACGGGAUGAUUCGCCGGGCCAGCAGUACCUCGAGGAGGAGCUGUACAAGUUGAAGCAGAGGCCUAAGAAGGAGCAGUCGGCGCUUUCGCAUCAAACUUGGGAGAUCAGCCGGGAGGGUGGGGAUUACGAUGAGGAUGAGAGGAUCCAUGCACCUACGAUUCCUGAUACCAAUGGUGGAGAGGGGUAUGGGGAUCGAGGGCCGUCGCCUCCUUUGCCUGCUCUACCCGACCACGACGAAGACGAGGAGACCGUCGAUCAACAUCAUAGCCGACAACUUGAAGUUCACCAGGGUCAGUUUGACUAUGGUGCUUCGGACCCUACGGCAGCGAUGCCUCCCUGGCAGCGUAUCCAUGCUCGCCUUCUCAACUGGGCUAUCAUCUGGCCCGCUAGCGAACUCGAAACUGCGCUCAACAGUACCACUCGGGGACACCAAGUCGACGAAGUGGCGCUUAGUAUCUGGAGUACCCAGACGUACAAGCGAUAUGUUCGUGCGAGGUUGACUGAGCAGCCGCAAGGGAAUGUGGAUCGGUUGUUCGUACCACCGAAUAUGGCGGAUGCGAUUAGCAAUGCUGUUUUCAAUGGGCGGCAUGGGGAGGCUUGUGGGAUGUUGAGGGAUUUGUGGAUUCCGUUUGGGUUGGAGGGGACGCCGAGGUUGAUUGUUGUCCUUGCGAAGCAUAGGUCGGAUCCCAACCAUUGGGUUGUGCAUAGGUUUUCGCUGCCUGAUGGCAACCUGACGACUUAUGAUUCGUACCCUGAGAGGACACUGCCUGACGGUCGGCCACUAGGCUGGUGGUUCGCCAUCCGCAUCGCCUGGCCCAACGCCAUGUACCCCCAACCCGACAACCUUGUCCAGAAAAUGGUCCGACUCCACCGACCCCUGCAAUUGCCCAUCGACAACAGCGUCGCUGCUGCCGGUAUCUGGCGGAACAUUCUCAUGGGCUCCAGGGCGGAGAGGAGUUUGGAUUUGGAGAGGUUGAGGGAUUUGAUCAACACUGAAGUGAAGAAUUUGAAGCAGAGAAAGUUGUUGGGCAAGUUGACGGUUGGUGUGCCCAGGCCUGCGUGGGAUGAUGGCCGGUGA